AUGGGCCUCCUGUCCGUUCUCUCCUUGCGGCAUGUGGGUCAAAACCAGAAGAAGAAGAAACCACAGAUUCCACGGGUGGUGGAGGACACCCUGGGCCGGUCCGUGGCCCGCAGCGUAGGGGGCUUCACCCUGGGCAUGAUCGUCGCCAGUGCCUACGGGGCAAUGGUCAUUUUUGUGCAGGGGUACAACAUCUGGUACUGCCUGCUGUCAACCAUCACCCUGGCCCUUGGGCUUGGCCUAGGCAUGGCCUUCUCGCACAAAGUGCGGGUCACCGUCCUGCUCAUGCUGCCCCAGAUCUUCUCAAAAGAGGGCAAGACCAUCCUGUUGCUCUUGGCAUUCGGCUUGGCCAUGGAGGGCCCCUUCGCCAACAUCGUACGCAACUUCACCCGGGGCGCCGAGGCUGUGUCAUGCGGUGCCGAGCUCGCCCUCAACCAGACGGCGGAAAUGCUGCAGAGGGCCCGCGAGCCCCUGAUCAAUGCGCUACGGAAAAUCAAGGACAUUGCUCAGAAAGCGAAAGUGGUUGGCGACCGCGUCCGAAAGCUUUUCCGAUCUGUCAUGGAUUCUGUCCGGCACGUAGCCCACUGCCUGCGCAACGUGUGGUACUGGCUCCUCAACCUGGGUGAGGUCUGCAACGAGGAGAUGGGCACCCCUUACCGGAAGUGCGUCCGCCUCUUUGAGAAUGCCAAAGACGAAUGCGAGCGAGCCGUCCCGCUCAUUUACUUCCUUUGCUCUGUCGUGCUGUUGUUCAAGUACCUCUGUGGCCUGGCUAAUAUCCUCCUUGUCUUCUGCAUAAUUCCCCAGUACAUCACUCCGUUCCUGCGCCGCAAGAUUGCUGAACCUAUCGUGGCAGUGCUGAACCGUGUGCGGCAGGAAUUUGAGUUCAACAUCACAGCCGUGCAUAAGUUUGAUGUGACAGUCAACGCAAGCAAGAGCCUGUCCCAAGUCGCCUUUGACAUCAUGGAAGAUGUAGCAAUGCGCCUGCAGCCAGCGAAGGAGGCCGUGGGGCUUUUCGGCUACAUGUCUACCUUGGUCAUUCUUUACAUCUACAUCAAGGCUCUGCUUUACCGGAAACAUUACUUACAUGAGGACAGUUUCGACAACAUCUUCAUCACCAAGCCAUUCCUAGAAAUGGACACGAUGCGGAGAAGGAACCAGAGGCCCACCGUUCUGCCCCUGUCGGCAAAGGAGAGCACCAAGUACAUCCGCCCAGCCUCACUCAUAUUGCCUUACAAAGAGCAACUCCAGUACGCCCUGGCUAUCGUCUCCAUCUUCCGCCAGCUGAUCCUCGUCGUCCUGCUGAUUGUCGCCGACUAUUCGGUCUUUUGGCUCUUCGACUUGGUGCGGUAUCAGCUGCAUGGCGAAAUUGUUGCCAGAGCCCCGGUGACAAUGAGCGUCAGCGUAAACGGCACAGGCUACACCGGUGAGAUGUACCGUGACAUGGUCUCGGCCUUCGAGGUGCUGCAGCGUGGCAACAUCAGUGUGCUGUCUCGCAAAUGUCGCUUGCGUCCGGCUGAGCCCGAUUACGACGGCUACAUAGUCAUCGGUCUCAUGUAUGGAAUCUGUGUCUUCAUCACCGUCUUUGGCACCUACAUACAGCGUCUCCGACGGGUGGUGUGUGCGUGGUACUAUCCCUCCCGUGAACAGGAGCGAGUCUGUUACCUCUACAACACCAUCCUGACCCGAAGGACUGGACUGGCACAGGCUGUGCUUAAGGCUGUAAGGCAGCGGUCAGCAGACGGGGGCCAUACCAACAUUUUACUUAUCCUUGCAACCAAGGUGUGGCUGUGUGCGUGGCUGGUCAAGAAGCUGGGCGUGCACACGUCUUACUGCAUGGGCUGUGGGAGAAUCCGCGAGGGCACAGCCACCGAGGACUUUGUGACUUGCAUCACACCGGGAUGCCGAGGUAUUUACUGUCCCGAGUGUUACAAGCUUCUGAACAACAUGUGCUCCAUUUGCAUGGCCCCAUUAACCUACCAAGGAGACGUGGACGAGGAGGUGGAUUCCAGCGAUGAAGAGGCCAUGGCGCUGUGGACCAGAGCAGUGCAGGCACUCCGCGGGACACCAGACAGAGAACGGCAGAAGCGGGGGCGGCUGCUGAAGUCUCGGAUCGAGCGGGCCGUGAAGGGCCGCGGGGCCUGCCGACGCUUACCCCCAGAGCUGGCCAAGAAGAUUCUAGCCCAGCUGAAGGAGCAAGAGGAAGAGAGCAGCAGCAGCAGCAGCGAAGGAGACAUGUCAAGCAGCUCAGACGCAGACAGCUCCUCAAAGUCUUCAUCCAGCCUCAAUUUCAGCUACCAGAAGGAAGCCGAGAGCAGUGACAGCGAGGAGCUGAAGGAGGUGAAAAGUGAUAGCAGGUCUACCUGGAAGAAGUAG